UAUAAUAGAUAUGUCAAUUCGCGUUUCGUUCCGCACGCAGGACAAUGCCAGUGCACAGGUCCACCAUCAUGGGCGCCACCGCUUUGGCCACAACAUGACCAUCAGUACAAAAGCCCACUCGCUUUACCCGUGGAUGUGGAUGUGGACGCGGACGAUGGGACACUUUGACGUUGGCAUUGGCGGAUUAUAAAGCUCCUCGUCGUUCUCCUUGCCUGCCAGUGACCCCGUGUAGUGUCAUCCGUGCUCAUCUAGAUCUCAAAUCCCCGUGAUAUGCCCUUUUCACAACUCACUUCUACAAGUUUUCUUCCCGUUCCUUCUGCAUUUACACGUCUUCGACGCAGCAUCAAAAUUCGAAUGCAUGCACCCUCCGUUUUCGAAUCAUUCGUGCCGAGUCAUCUUACCCUGAAGCGCAGGAGUUCUCUUUCGUCCACCCGCACGCAAAAAUCGUCCUUCACUUCCAGGGCCACCAAGCGCAGAUCUUUACUUCCUUCUCUAAAGUUGUCUUCGUCCUCGUUAUCUUCCUGGUCUUCCCGGGACACAGAAUCCAGUUCGAAACCUGUGGACUCUGAUUCAAGCCCCGAAUCGACUAUUCCCGAUAUUAUUGUGACACCGGCGAGUCCUAUUUGCACUUCGGCGCUCACAUCUCCUCCUCCACUCGGGAAAAAAAUUACUGAUCGGUUUUGGCCCGAAGAAGAUCUCGAACACGAUGAUCAAGAUGACAUGUCUGGAAAUGGCAGGUUUUCGUCGCCGAUGAUCGUGAAUGCGUUGUCACCCCCUCCAUAUCACCGACGUGCUCCGAAUGUCAUUGUGCAUCAGGACCACAUACUAUCUAGUGAUACUUAUCCUUCGCAUUAUAGAAACCAACACGACUCGCGCCCUAUGCGAUUCCCGUUCUGAGCAUAGAAUUUGUGAUUUUGAUAAAUGGUAUCUUACCUUCACGUUAAUCAGACCCAUCGUCUGCCUGUAGACUAAAUUGCAUACUGUAUUCUUGUUGU